GAUGAACGAUGAAUGUCUGGUACUGACUGAGAGACGAAGAGAGAAAUAAAACCACGAAAACCAGAAAUACUGACACAGAGAGUUCGUGGAGCGUGGUGUGGAUGUAAACACACUGAGGUGAGAUGACGCUGCACACACACCUCAUCCUGAUCUUCCUUAUGACCUUUAACCUCUGCAUCAUUGAGGGAGGCCAUGCCCGGUGCAGACAGGAGAAGAUGGAGAGGGAUUUAAAGCCGUACGUGGGUCGAGUGGAUCCAGGGUUCCUCUGUGAGAUGCUCAAGUGUUACUUUCCUGUUGGAUCAUGGUGUCGGGUGGUGAAGGAUGGAAAUGUUCUCACACCAAAGUGUGUGUGUCCCACCACCUGCCCUCGGCAGGGGGCGCCGGUGUGCAGUGUUGUUGGUAAGACCUACCAUAACGAGUGUCUCCUUCAUAAAGAGGCGUGCCGUAAAAAACGCCGAAUUGGAAAAGCACAUGAUGGACCAUGUUUCGAGGUUGGAGAGUGUACAGCACUUGAACUGGACCAGUUUCCCUACAGGCUGCUCGACUGGUUCCUGUUAAUCAGCAGGAUGGGAAAAUCAUUCACUUCAGUACCCACACCUAGCUGCAUCUCACACACACACCGGGUACAGCUGGCACAGAGCUGGUUCUCCAUGAUGGAUGCUGAUGGUGAUGGGAAGCUGAAGAUGAAAGAUCUGAAGAAGCUUCACUAUAAGAAAAUUCCACUGGAGCAGUGCGCCAGGACGUUCCUUCAGUCAUGUGACAGUAACAGAAAUAAGAAAGUUACUCUGAGUGAGUGGACUUCCUGUUUGGUGGAUCGAUCUGAGCGCUGGUUUCCCUAACCGCUAGAAGUUCAUGUCAGUAAAAAUGGACUCGACUAAACUGUGUCACAGAAAACGUCAGAACAGCAGAACCGACCUGAACACCCAAAACCACACCGAGUAAAUUACAAUCCUGCUAUACACCAGCAGAGAGUAUGGGGAUUUGUGUCCUCUACACUCAUCACUACCAGGUGCAGAAAAUCAUCACAAUUUUAUCAUAAUAAUCAUAGUUAUCAGAUGGCAGAAGAACAUGAAGAUGUUUUUAAUAUUUUUAUGUUAUUUUACAGAUUUAACGUUAUUAUUUUCUUCAGCAUAAAAAUAUCUCAUUAUAA